AUGACUUUAAAUAAGCAGAAGAUAUUAAGCGAACUAGGGAGCGUUGUGAAUCAGUUACAGAGUGCGGAUUGUGGUUGCAUGGGAAAGUUAUUUGGUAAUUCUAAUCAAAAUAAUAAUUCAAUGGGUUCGCCGUUUGUACAACAGGGAGGUUAUAAACACAGCUGUUGCCAUGGGCACGGAUGCGGGUAUAACGGAGUUGCAGGUGGAGAGUCCUAUUCACAAAAGACUCCUUAUUCUUGCAUGGGUCGUUGCAACCCACCCAAACUGUAUGCUGAUACUUAUAACUUUUUAAAUGAAAAUUUAAUGCAACCAGUUGUGAAGGAGGUUUAUCAUGAUCUUAAAACUAUUAGCCCUGCAAAUACAAUUAUGAAUAAUGAAAUGGGUGCAAAAUUGGGCCUAGGUCAAACACAAGGCUUUAAUUCGUACAACCAACUUCCCACGAAUCAAAAUUAUACGAACAACAUUAUGUCAACUGGUCACAUACAAAAUCAACAAGUGAUGCAAAAUCCUCAGAUGAUGCAAAAUUCCCAGAUGCCAGGUACGGCUCACAAUCAGCAAUAUUUAGGGGGGAUGGGUCCUCAAAUUAUGAAUAUGAUAAACGGGGAGUCUAUUGUAGGUUCGCCGCAGCAACAAAGCAAUCAGUUAAAGGAAAUUGGGGCUGCUCAAUCACCACAUGGAAAAGUAGGAUUGACACCUUUAUCUGUGCCUAAUUAUAGCAACUGCAAUAAUUCCGCACAACUGUUUGGUAAAAACAUCAAUCCAAAUGAACAAAAUAUCUAUGCCGCCAAUGUUGCAAAUACAACACCCAACAUGCAAUCAGUAAAUUCUAUGCAGAAAGCAAAUCCAAUGCAGCAAACUCAAUUACCACAGCAAGUGUCUAAUUACGGACAGCACAAUCUUGGUAUGAAAAAAUUCAAUGAAAUGUUCCCAGGUGUUAUGCAAGGCUUAGGUGGUGACUUGGGCUUCGAUCCAAUGUCGAUUGCAAUUCAAAUGAAUCCCGCGAACCAACAACAAGCGGCUAUGAAUACAAUGCAAAAAAUGAUGAACAAUAACGAAAAUCUUGGUAAAAUACUGACGCCCGCGCCCACACAGCCAGCACAAAAUACAAUCACGCAGCAAAGUCCAACAGUUCCAAAUCCGGUAGGAAAUCCUGCAAAUCAAGUUCAAAAUAACGUAAUUCUGGAUCAGACACAAAUGAACAAUCAACAAAGUAUGAUGGCAUCGAAUCAACCGAAUAACCAACCAACGACAGCUUAUCAACAACAACCGAAUGCAAUUCCCGUGUAUAACCAACAAAUUUACCAAGCUGUUGCAAAUCCUCAGAUGACUCAGCAAUCCUCAUUGCCGCAAACGACUCCACAUCAAAUGUUUGACCCAAAUACGGGUGCGCCUACUACGCCACCAAUUCUAGCCACAGUCCGAGAAGACUUAGUAAUGACACACCCCGUCACACAGCCACAGUCUCACUUACCUAAUCAACAGCAUUUCACACCUCAAACCGUCAAAGAACCAAUAUUUCCUGUGGAUACGACGAAUCAUAAAAUUUACCAUGAUCUUAACCGCAAAAACAUGGAACCAGCGCAUUAUAACACUCUUGGGCAGCCAGUUGAAAAGCUUCCUGGUAAUAUGUACCAUCAACCUAUACCAUCGCUUCCCCAAACAUUGUCUCCUCAACCUUUGCAUACCAAUCAAGCCAAAUACUCCAAUGUAAAGGCAACUGUGAGUAAGACAUCGCUUAUGGGCAAUAAACCCGCUGGCCAGACACCCAGUAGAAGUCAAUUGCAACAAAUUUACAACCAAUACAAAGGUUCUCAAUCAUUUACUCAACAAAGUAUUAAGGCUCCUGUUGAAGGACCCUCGCAGUCUGACAGACGAUUAAACAUUAGUAAGGAAGCAAGACAACAUAAUGUUAUCCCUAUAGAAAAAACGGGAGGUGAUUCAUACGCUAAUAAUCAACCUAUUAUUCAGAAGACGGACAUUGGGCACGUAAAUGGUCAAAUUGGAGAUGUUAUAAAAGAAAAUAAACCAGAAUUGGCAAAACAGGACUUGCCGUCCUCUAAUCGUAAGUAUAGAAAUGGUCUGCAAGAUAUAAUAUAUACUUCAUAUCCAACGUCGGCUGCUUGGAGCUUUCAUGGAGAUGGGCAGCGAUCCAACUUAGUAGGACGUCGUCAUAAUAAAUAUCGUUAUUAA